AUGUCCGAUACCAAAGCAUAUCUCAGCAACUAUACUGGUACUGCAACGCUUAGCAACCUCAUGCAAAGCUGGUUAGUACCAGCCCUGGUGGCACUCGCCGUUGCAGGGCGUCUGCUUCUCUCAGUCUAUUCCAAUUGGCGCCAUGCCCAGAGAGCUCGCAUGCUGGGCUGUGGAGAAUGCCCUCUCUACCCCAGCCAGGACCCUUUCGGUAUUUCCACCCUCCGUGAGACCCUUGGCGCAGCGCGAGAAAAGCUGCUCCCCAUACUAGCAGAGAAGCGGGUGGCUUUUCUAUCCCAUCAGCAUGAGAGAUACGUUUCUACCUUUCGAGUGUGCCAGGCUGGUCGGGAGAACCUGUUCACGGCAGAUCCCAAGAAUAUCCAGGCUAUGCUGGCGACUCAGUUCAAGGAUUUCGGGUUAGGUGAUACGCGUCGUAAUGUAGCUUACCCUAUUGUUGGCCAUGGAAUUUUUACUGCUGAUGGCGAGAGUUGGUCACAUUCUCGAUCACUACUACGGCCUCAGUUUACGCGAGAUCAGAUGAACAAUCUUGACAGGGAAGAACGCCAUGUUUAUAAUGCGUUGCGUGCCAUUCCGAUGCAAUCUGACGGCUGGUCCUCUGCAGUGGAUAUGCAAGCUAUCUUCUUUCGUCUUACCCUUGACUCAGCUACAGAGUUCCUCUUCGGUGAAAGCUCCGAUAGUCAGAUUGCUGCCACGCAAAAGGAAGCGGGACAGGCCUCUGAUGAUACUUUUCUCUACGCGUUUGACCGGUGCAUGUGGUAUCUCGCGGAACGACUCCGGUUUGAGCGGCUCUACUGGAUGGUCUACAAUCAGGAGUUUCGGAAGUGCAUCAACAUUGUGCACGCUUUCGUCGACCGGUAUGUCCACUCUGCUCUGAUCCAGGCGCAGCAGCAGGAAGAGAAACCCCAGGACAUCGAACAGGUUUCGUCGCAGUACAUAUUCCUAAAAGCCCUAACUAGUACUACAAGAGAUCCUAUUGUGUUGCGCGACGAAUCUUUAAAUGUCCUCUUAGCAGGCCGUGACACAACGGCUUCUCUCCUGAGCUGGGCGAUGCUCCUUCUCGCACGACACCCGCACAUCUUCGAAAGACUUCGAAGCGAUAUCCUCGAGCAAUUCGGUACUUACGAUCAGCCACAAAACAUGGACUUUGCGUCUUUGAAAUCAUGCCAGUAUCUCCGGUAUUUUAUCAACGAAACUCUUCGUCUUUACCCGAUCGUACCUUUUAACCGCCGUUGCGCGACAAGGGAUGCUACGCUUCCUAGCGGCGGCGGGAAAGACGGCACCUCCCCGAUCUACGUCCGCAAGGGCCGUACAGUCUUGUACAGCACCUUCAUCCUGCACCGUCGAAAAGAUAUCUGGGGCGAGGAUGCUGAAAUUUUCAAUCCUGAUCGAUGGGAUGGCCGGAAGGUCACCUGGGAGUAUAUUCCGUUCAAUGGGGGACCCAGAACAUGCAUUGGUCAGCAGUUUGCUUUGAUGAGAACUAGCUAUGUGUUGGUGAGAUUAUUGCAGAGGUUUGAUAGGAUUGACGAUGUGCACCCUGAGAAGGAAAUUCGUUAUGGUGUUUCACUUACGUCUUGUCCGGCUGAUCCGGUUACCGUAAGGUUGCAUCAGGCAGAGACCGGGGUUUGA